GUAGGGCGAAAAGGGAGGGGACAGAAAGGUUUCGUGUACAAACUGUACAGGCUGUCAGCUGUUCACUAUCAUCAUGUUACAUCAAGGUGUUUUGAAUUCAACUUAAACUAACUGAGUCCCUGUCAAUGUGUGUGGGGGGGGAGAGAAUGUCUUAAAUCUUUAACAUUUCAGGGGGAACCUUUUAGCUACGUACCUCAUUUCUACACGGAAUACUGUCACACCGGGACCGUAAAUACCUAAAUACACCGUCGUAGCUGUUCCUGCGGUCUGACAGAGGGGAAACGAUGAAGGUUUGAUAAGGAAUAACACCGUUUCAAUGAAACAAACCGGUAUUUUCACUCGACGUGAAAGCAGAGCUUUCCAUAGUUUGCUGGUUCCGGUGUGGAAGUGUGAAUAAUUUUAGUGAUGGAGUCGUGUCGGCGGAGAGGACUCAGCGAGGUCCUGUGUUCCCUGUCACUGCUGUGUGUCAUCCUGGACAUCCAGCUGGACGGUGUCUUAGGGGCAACUCAUGUCGAGAUCGAGCACCACUUGGAGAUGGGCCGCAAACUUUUGGCUGCUGGUCAGCUGGCCGAAGCCUUGUCCCACUACCACUCUGCAGUGGAGGGCGACUCUAAGAAUUACCUGACCUACUAUAAGCGAGCUGCAGUGUUCCUGGCUAUGGGAAAAUCCAAAUCUGCCCUGCCAGACCUAACCAAAUCCAUCCAGCUCAAGCCUGACUUCCUGGCUGCGCGGUUGCAGAGAGGGAACAUCCUGUUAAAGCAGGGCAACACACAGGAGGCCAGGGAGGACUUUGAAGCAGUGUUGCAACGCUCCCCAGACCACGAAGAAGCCCAGGACCAGCUGAUGAGAGCAAACGAGCUGGAGGAGCUGCAGGAGGAGGCCCAUGCUGCGUACCACCAAGGGGACUAUAGUGCUACCAUCAGCCUGCAUGAGAGAAUCAUUGAGAUCUCUCCGUGGGAUCCUGAGUCGCGGGAGCUUCGUGCAGAAUGUUACAUCCGAAUGGGGGAUCCACAGAAAGCCAUCCAGGAUCUGACGCCGACCACAAGGCUACGCAACGACAACCGCGCUGCCUUCCUGAAGCUCAGCAUGCUGCACUACAGCCUCGGAGAUCACCACGAGUCACUCAAUCACAUCCGAGAGUGUCUGAAGCUGGACCAGGAUGACAAAGAGUGUUUCAGCCACUACAAGCAGGUGAAAAAGCUCAGCAAGCAGCUGGAUGCGGCAGAAGAGCUCAUUCAGCAGGACAGGUAUCAGGAAGCCAUUGAUAAGUAUGAAUCAGUGAUGAAGACGGAGCCUAAUGUCCCAUACUACACCAACCUCGCCAAAGAGAGGAUCUGCUUCUGUCUUGUCAAGAUCAACUUGGCUCAGGAGGCUAUAGACGUGUGUUCAGAGGCACACCAAAGAGACCCCCGCAACGCCAACGUCCUCCGAGACCGAGCUGAGGCUUACAUCCUCAACCAGGAGUACGAAAAAGCCGUGGAGGACUACCUAGAGGCGAGAGAGUUUGACAGCGAAGGCGAACGCAUCGACCUCAAAGAAGGGCUGGAACGAGCACAGAAACUGCUCAAAAUCUCUCGUAAGAGGGACUACUACAAGAUCCUCGGUGUCAGCAGAAAUGCAAACAAGCAGGAGAUCAUCAAGGCGUACAGGAAGCUGGCGCAGCAGUGGCACCCCGACAACUUCCAGUCCGAGGCUGAGAAGAAAGAAGCGGAAAAGAAGUUUAUCGACAUCGCGUCUGCUAAAGAGGUUCUCACUGACCCAGAAAUGAGGCAGAAGUUUGACGCCGGUGAGGAUCCCCUCGACCCGGAAAACCAGCAAGGUGGAGGUGGAGGUGGACAGGGCUGGCCUUAUCACUUCAACCCAUUUGAGUCUGGCGGCAGCUUCCACUUCAAGUUCCACCACAAUUAGAGAGGAGGACUUGACGAACACAAAGGGGAGGGGGUGGGGGACAUUUGGGAAGAACAACGGCGUAUUUACGGAGAAGUCUUCCUCAGAACUUGUGCUUCAGCUUGGACACAGUUUUGUCAGUUACUUGAAUCUUUUGAUUUUGAAUGCAGCGGAGGAUUGAGCUGUACGGUGAAAAAAGACCUGGACUUCUGACCACUGAAUCUGAGGAUCUAACUGCUGUUGAAUUAACUUUUUGCUGUGGUUGAAGAAAAUGAAGUCUUGUCAACACUUGAGAUCCUUAGAAAUGGAAAGGUGGUGGUUGAAAGCAGUCACUGUGGGUGUCCGCUCUUAUUUCUCCUAUUUCUUUGUGCCAUUCUUUGAACCUUUUUAUCAAGGGACUCUUUUUUAAUGCAGUAGCUGCUUGGACAUUACAUAGGACUGUCAGUGUGUUGAUUUCUCUUCGCAGUAUUCUUUAAAGGAAUUCCACGUUUACUGAGCUCAGUCUAUAUUUUUGACCAUGUCAAACCUUUUCUCUACUAGAGAACCAAGAUUUGUAUCCAUCACAACAUCAAGAGGCAUUUUGUUGAGCUUCUACAUUAAUGGUAAGUAGGUGAGACUUCAGCACUAUUAAAGGAAACUUGAGGGUGUUAAAGUUUUGAAAUCCUAUGGAUCUUAAAUCAAUGCCGCUCUGUGAUUAUUUUUGAUUUUAUUUUAAAUUACUGUUUGUUUUCACCAGCUGUCUAAUUGAAAUAAUGUGUGAAUUCUGUAUUGGACUGGAAAUAGUGUAUCUUCAACAGGCUACAUAUCCAGCUCCACACAUUAUGGAUGUAUCUUGGUUACAAAAAACGUGGCAAAUGAUGACUGAGUCCAGAGUAUUUUGGUCUUUCCCUUUUCACUCAUUUCAAAGCACAUUUUUGAAACCUUACACUUUUACCCUUUAUUUUAAAAACCACUCCACAUCUUCUCCACUCCUAAAAUGUUACUGCAGGCUUUCAAAAAACCGUUCAAAGUCUCUUUACAAACCUAGUGCGUCUUUAAUGGUUAUCUGAGAGCCUCAUUUAUAAAAAGGUCUAACAGAUAAGUGUCCAUUUUAAAAGUUACAGUGAGCUGGAUCAGUACAUUAGUUACAGGUCUGCGACGUAUUGUAUUGUAUGUGUAAUUCAUACACAGUGUAUUUGGUUGAUUUGUCUAACAUGAUGCACUGAGGCACAAUUUGAAAACUUAACCUUUAAGUUGCAGAUGAAAUCAAAGUGCAACUUUGUAAACGAGGCUCCAGUUUUACAGCCAGGAAAGACACACAACCGUUUAACCAUGAACUAAGAUGACAUUCUUUUUGACAGUUAUUUUGUCCAUAAUAGCUUAAAGAUAGUGACUGUAACAGCUUUAAAUCCUGUCCACUGCUCGACUGUGUCAACUAAAUAUGAUCAGCUAUUUUUAUUUAAAUUAACUGACUGGGACAGUUUUGUUUUGGGGUUUUCUUUUUAGGGUUUUCUGCGGUUAGUGGCAUCAAUUUUACUGUUGCCAAAUUGAAUCAGGUGACAUGCUGAAGUGUAUUAAAAUAUGGAAACAAUC